CGGUAGCGUCCUCCUGUCCAUCCGUGCGUCACCCGCGCCCACACACCUGCUCGUCGGCUCUCGACCUCGUCCACUUUCCCCAACUCCUACUCCAACCACCAUCGUCGCAACAAUCCCACGUUCACGCCCCCACCCAGCGCGAUGCUCUCUAUCUCCUCCCUCGCCAAGCUUCUUGGCAUCCUCCUCCGCGGCAUUCUUCUCCACCUCCACGCCCCCACGCUCCCAUCCUCGCACCACUUCUUCUCCACCUAACGAAUUACACUCGCUUGAGCCGCGCCGAUGCCUAGAGCUCUCCAGAGAUCUGGCAGCAACAGCCUCUCCUCCCUGCUGCGCGCCGAGGCGGCGGACGGUGCUCCCGACGCGAAGCGGGGCGAGCGAGAUGGCCAUCGCCGCCGGAGGAGCUGCAUCAGGUUUCCCCUUGGCGCCGGUGGGUGCCGCGUCUGCGCCUGCGACGAGAUGGACUCUGCCGCCGCGGCCCCACGCCGGCGCCCUCCGGGAGCCGAGGAGGAUGUGGAGGAGGACGCCGCGGUGCAGUGCUUCUCCUGGAAGAAGGGGGGCCCCGCCGCGCCGCAUCGGCCGUCGGGACGUGGUGGGGAUGUGGUGGUGGCGGUGAUGGAGACCGCGGUGACCCUGUCAGUCCUCCCGGACGACGUGAUGGAGAUGGUGCUGUGCCGGCUGCCGCUGGCCUCGCUCCUGGCCGCGCGGUGUGUGUGCAGGCGGUGGAGGGAUCUGACCCUCGCCCCGCAGUUCCUGCAGAUGCGCUGCGAGGAGGGUCCGCACCGAACGCCGUGGCUGUUCUUGUUCGGGGUCGAGGGGGAUGUCGGGUGGGGUGCCGCCCCUGCCCCGGCCGUGCACGCGCUCGACGUGGCCGCGCACCGGUGGCGCCGGGUCGGGGCAGGCGGACUGAAGGGGAGGUUCUUGUUCUCCGUCGCCGGCGUCGGGGACGAGCUCUACGUCGUCGGUGGCCGGUCCGGCGGCUCGGAGGGCAGCAAGGUGAAGACCCACAAGGGAGUCCUGGUGUUCAGCCCUCUCACCAGCUCGUGGCGGAAGGCGGCCCCGAUGCGGACCGCACGGUCUCGGCCGGUGCUUGGGGUGUUUGAGAUGUCUGCCAGUUGCAGCAUUCUCCACGCUCGCGCCGAGACGCAUGUCCGACGCGCCAAAGCUGGUGGCAAGUCUCGCUUGGGAGGGACCUCGGUUGUGUACGAGGACCCACACCGGCUUUCCCUCCGGCGCCUCCGUCUCAAAGACAUGCUGAACGAGAACACUGAUUCAAUGGAGCUCGCUUCGUCUCAUGGCAAAUUUGCCCGACAAGAGGAGGUGAGAGCUGAGCCAAGGUUCGCCCUCAUCGCCGUCGGCGGGCGUGGGCAUUGGGAUCAACCACUGGUGUCUGGGGAGAUAUACAAUCCGGUGAUCGACAAGUGGGUUGAAAUUGCUGGGUUCCCCACCGACGUCGGGCUGGCUUGCUCCGGCGCCGUCUGUGGGCGGAUGCUCUAUGUGUGCUGCGAGUCUGACACGCUCGUCGCGUACCAUCUGGACAAGGGCUUCUGGGUUGUCAUCCAGACGUCCCGCCUGCCUCCACGGCUCCGGGACUACGCCCCAACGCUGGUGUGCUGCGCGUCUCGUCUCUUCAUGCUCUGUGUGUCCUGGUGCGACCGCCACGGGCAGGUUAACCGGAGGGAAAAGGUGGUCCGGAAGCUAUUUGAGCUUGACCUCAGCUCACUCCAGUGGACUGAGGCGUCGGCGCACCCCGACGCGCCGAUGGAUCCCAAUGCGGCGUUUGCCGUCGGCCAGGACAGGGUCUACGCCGUGGAGAUGUUCAGGAUCUUCGGCAAGGUCCUUGAUUUCGUGACGGCCUACCGGGUUUCCGACACCGAGCAGAAAUGGAGCCGGGUUGGCCGAAAAAAUGCAGUGGCGGAGGCCGACUCCAUGUCCUGCAGGCUGAAAUCCAUGGCCGUGUUGCCCCUGUAAUUGCUGCUUACUUUCAGUCUUCUUUCUCCCUCUCUUCUGCAGUUUGUUGUUCUUUCUGCGCAGAUUUGUUGUUUCCCUGAGCCUGAGCAGACAUACAGUUGACAACAGCCAUUGCAUUGCUUGUAGAAAUUACAGUGACAAUCCAUACUCAUGUUUUCCCAACUUGGUUUGUAGAAGAAGUGGUGUUUCAAUGGUACUGAUCAGAUUCAUAUUCCAGUUA